GGAGGACGAACAGUGUCACCGAGUUCGCCGCACCGAUCCGGAUUUCAUAGGAGGUCCACGGGUCAAUUGGAGGGAAACAGAAGCGUGCUCUCUCUCUCUCUCUCUCUCUUUCUCUCUCAUCUUUCACAUCGAGCGCGUGUUGGAGAUUCUCCCUCUCUCUGAGCUCUCUUUUAUUAUUUUUAGUGUUCCUUGGUGCUGUGGGUUUUGUUUUGAGGCGGUGAAACUGUCGCGCUUCUGCAUGGCAUGGCGUGAUGCUUGCAGGCUUGACGAUACAGCUUCUUAGUGAUCGAGGCUUCUCUUUUGGUGAUAAGGGAAGGAAGGCAACAAUGGUAGAAAACAGUUGGGAUGCGGAGAAGAUGCUCGACGUCUACAUCUAUGACUAUUUCAUGAAGAGAAACUUUCAUGCUUCUGCCAAGGCUUUCUCAGCCGAACGGAAAGUGCCCACUGAUCCUGUUGCAAUUGAUGCUCCAGGGGGGUUCUUGUUGGAGUGGUGGUCUGUGUUCUGGGACAUUUUUAUCGCUCGAACAAGCAAGAAGCAUUCUGAGACUGCUACAGCUUACAUAGAGGGGCAACAAUUGAGAGCUAGGGAAAGGCAGCAAAAUCAGGCUCACAUGCAACUGCUUGAAUUGGCUCAAAAGAGGAAUCCCCAUCUUUUGCAGAGAGAUGCUCCAUAUAUCUUAAGUCCCUUGAACCCCAUGAACCGCGAAUGCGUCAUUGGCCCCUCUGCCAAGAUGUUUGAUGAGCGGAUGAGAAACCAUGACCUUCCUGAUCUUGCGUCCACUCUGCAGCUUGUUGAUGCUGGCUUGCUACACAUUCCCAAUACUGCUAGUAUGAUGGUUCCACGUGGUCACGGUAAUGCAUCUAUGGGACAGCCGGACACUUGGGCACGAGGCCUCCAGAUUCCGGAUAGUAGAGGCCUUUCCAAUUUGGGCCGAAACCAAUCUGCCUCCACUGACCCACGUAUGUUUGCAGCAUCCGAAGUUCCGCAUCUGAAAUCUGCGCAUUUAAGUUCAGAAUUAAAUUCUGGCGUUAGCGAGCUGCCGUUGAGGGGUUGGCCUUUAACUGGAAUUGAUCGAGUAAGCACAAACUCGGGGCAGCAAUCGCAUGAUGUGCAGUCUCCAAAUCUACUGCAGCAGUUACAGCUGUUGCCACUGCAACAACAGCAACAGUUCCUAGCACAAGCACAGGCUCAUGGAAACCUUGGAUCUUCUAUUGCAUCAAUAUGUGGGGACACACAUCCUUCAAAGAUUACGGGUUUAAGGGUAGGCUUGACCAAAGACAUUCGUCCAACAGAAAGUAGCUCUUCUCAGCAUUCUGGUCUUCCCGUUCAGGCAACUGCAGUGGUGGCCCAUGCAACAUCAGAAGACCGACUAGAAAAACUUAUAAAGGUGCCAGAACCUCUGAGUCAACAAGGUCAACUGCAGCAGCAACAAUUGCGGCAGAAUAGUCAGAAGAGGAAGAAGCCUUCUGAGUCUAGAACUGGUGCAGGCAACACAACUGGUCCUUCUCCUAAUUCUCCACCUUCAACAUCAUGUACCCAUACGCCAGGUGAUGGGAUGUCAGUUGCUUUUGCUCUACCACCGAAAGGUAGCAAGGAUGUAGCUAUUUGCCAUCCAGAUGGAGCAGGUGCACUGGGUUCAAGCUCAGGCCAGAUGGAUGAUCUGGAAGAUUUAGGAGACAUGGGUUCGUUUGAUGACAAUAUCGAAUCCUUUUUGUCUCAUGAUGAUGGAGAUGGGAGGGAUGCUUCAUUUCACUCAUUGAAACGGAGUCUUGCAACCAAAAGCAAUGAUCCCUUGAAAGGUUUUACUUUCAGUGAAGUUGGUUGCCUACGUUACAGUAAUUCAAAGGUUUUAUGCUGCCAUUUCUCGUCAGAUGGAAAGCUGCUAGCCAGUGCUGGACACGAUAAGAAGGCUGUCCUUUGGAACAUGGAUACAUUGGAUUUGGAGAGCACACUAGAAGAACACUCUUCUUUGAUUACAGAUGUUUGUUUCAGACCAAAUUCUUCUCAUUUAGCGACUUCUUCUUUUGAUAAAACUGUCCGGGUGUGGAAUGCAGCCAAUCCUAGCUAUUCGUUGUGCAAGCUUUCUGGGCAUGAGACACAAGUGAAGUCAUUGGAUUUCCAUCCCAAGAAACCAGAUCUCCUUUGCUCGUGUGACAGUAAUGGGGAAAUACGAUGGUGGAAUGUAAAUCAGCAAGCCUGCACAAGGGUCUCCAAGGGUGGUAUUUCACAGCUUAGAUUCCAGCCUAUAGCUGGGCAGCUCAUGGCCACUUCCGAGGAGAACAUGAUAAACAUAUUUGAUGUUGAGACAAACCGUUGUUUACAUACCUUAAAGGGGCAUAUCAAAGAGGUGAGUGGAAUCUGUUGGGACACGGAUGGGGAGUAUCUGGCAUCUGUUAGUGAGGAUUGUGUCAGGAUUUGGUCAUUAAAAUCAUCAGGUGGGGAUUGCGUACGCCAGCUGACCUCCAAGGGAAAUAAACUUCAGUCCUGUGUUUUCCAUCCCAGCUACCCGAUGCUCCUUAUAGUUGGGGGUUAUCAGACAUUGGAGUUGUGGAGCAGUUCGGAGGGAAAGUCGAUGUCUGUUCAAGCACACGAUAAUCUAAUUGCAGCACUGGCGCGCUCCCCCAAUACAGGGAUGGUGGCCUCCGCAAGCCACGACAAGUGCGUCAAGCUAUGGAAGUGAUACAUAAUGCAACUACUUGUUGGGGUUUUAUAUGCAAGCAGAGAACGACACCAUACACACCUACUCCAUACUCGUACACUUGAAAUCAGCAAAGGAAGAAGGAUUCCGGCUAAUAAUUACGGAGUUGGGCAACUCUUUUUCUCAAUGUUGGAGCUGCCCAGUUGGUGGUUCUCAACCCCUGACAUUUUUUCAUCUGGAAUGCAUUCAUGUAUAGACUUUCUGUCUCGGAGAAUGUGUAGUGCAGAGUUAUAGGGAAUAGGACAAUGCUUAAUAUUUGCUUCGAAGGAAUUACUAUGUUUUCUUUCUUCUCUUCCCUUGCCCUUCUUUUAUUGAAAAAAAAUGUAAUUACUCCUUUGGAGAUUUUUUAAUCAGAGUAGUGUUAAUAAGUCAUAUUUCUACUGAUCUUGAUGAGGGUGAGGUCUUUGGGGAAGCACCUAGGCCCUGUUUGGUUCGCUGUCUUUUUCAAUCCUGUGGAAAAUUAUAUCCUGGAUUCGGUAUU